AUGCCAUAUUCCGAAUAUCCGAACGUGGAAAAUGAAAUCAAUCAUGACUGGGCCGUGCCUGGAUACCCACAGCCUUCUCCUUUCGAGUUCAUUACCGAAACUAUCCCUGCCCAUGAUAGCCGUGAUAUCCGUGACGCCCGUGAUUAUCCUUCAAGCGACCGCGUGAAUGCUAAGGUGGCUAUUCCCCGGAACGCACAACCCAGUAAUUUGACCAGCAGUGGUCGAGUCAGUCGGGCUUGUGAAAAUUGCCGUGAACAAAAGGCCAAAUGUAGUGGCCAUCGCCCAAACUGUCAUCGAUGCCUCGAUGCCGGUGUCCCGUGCUCGUAUGGCUAUCGGAAAAAGGAGAAGAUGGUGAAGCAGCUGAACGAUCUAACCACACGGGUUGAAACCUUUGAUGCUUUGCUCCGCGGUCUUUAUCCUAAGCUGGAUGCCUCGUCGGCCCAACAGGUCGAUCAAACAUUGAGGGAAUUAAAUGCACGCACUCCGCUCACCCAAGUCAAUCCCUCUACCCCUAUCCCUGCCUUAUCCACCAACCCAUCAAGCCACAUCAACCGAUCAUUGCCUUCUUCCCGUGCGGAUGCUAGUCCUAUAUCAUUUCCCUCGGGGACUGUAGACUACACCGAAGAGGACUUCGACCGUGAUGAGAAAGUACAGGCGACGGGAUUUGUGGGCGAACAUUCGGAGAUGGCAUGGUUAUACAGACUCAAGCGCCACCUUGACCAUGACAGUUUGAAAGGAACCAAAGAGACCAUCGAACGCGCAUCGAUCUCUUCCGUGAACUAUUUCCAAGAUGACUCGGAAAUUUUGUUUUUGGACGAUAUCGACCUCGCACGCCGGCCUCCACAACACAUCGCUAACAAGCUCGUUGAGACCUACUUUCACGUUGUCCAUCCUACUUUUCCGAUUAUUGGAAAAGCAAUAUUUCUAAACCAGUACCGAUCCUUCUAUGCGAAUCCGAACGUGCGACCUGGGAAACGAUGGAUUAUAGUGCUGAACCUGGUGUUUGCCAUUGCGACCAGACAUUCUUUCCUUGCCGACCAACCCCAACCGAAUUGCGAUGACCAUCAGAAUUGUUUCGCACGGGCAUGGAAGCUGAAUUUAAGUAGCGUGUUGCUCCAUCAUCCCGACUUGCAACAGGCACAGGUGGAGGGCUUGGCUGCUUUUUACCUCUUAUCGGUUGGCCAAGUUAACAGGUCGUGGAGACUCAUUGGAAUUGCAAUUCGAUCGGCGGUGACCAUAGGUCUCAACAUUCGAAGCGAGAACGAGAGCAUCACCCACUUUUCGAAAGAACUUCGAUAUCGAGUUUGGUGGGUGCUGUUCAUGUUGGAUAUUGUGCUAUGUGAGAUGACAGGCCGUCCACCUAGCACGGGGGAUAUCUUUUGCUCCACGCCACUUCCUGUGCCCUUCGCAGAGAAGAAUUUCUGGAAUAAGCGUGUUGCGCAAGUUAUCACCGACCAAAGGACUCGAAAUGCCUUUUUCGCCUCUUUAAUUUCCGAUACCACGGCAGAUUUACUAAAAGUGAAUACGACUCUAAAUAUAUCGGAACAACAUGGAUCGAGCAAGGGGAAACAAGAAAGAGCCAGUCAGACGGGGGCAGAGAAUCUGACACCCAAGUCCUCUCUGUACUUUCUGUACGCAGUAGACCUAGCUCAUCUCUUACGGGAGGCUAUUAAUACCCUAUAUGCUCCUAGAGCAAUACGGCAGUCAUGGCAUGAUAUCGAAACCGCUAUUCAUACGCUAAACAACCAUGCUGAUAACUGGCUCUGUCGUCUCCCGGCGGAGUUUAAUUUCACAACGCUAGACACAACUCAUCAAUUUAUACAGCAGCGUGCUGGUCUUGCUUUCCGAUUCUACGCCACCAAGCUGAUAAUCUUGCAACCCUGUAUCCGCCGUGUAUCCCAACAGUCACCUGACACAAGCACCCUGGGAACAGUGUGUGAUCAGAUGGCAGCCUUGUGCGUUCAGAUGGCCGGUAAAAUGCUCGAAAUGUUGCCCGAGGAGCCAGACUCGACUUGGCUGUAUGGCGUCGGUCCAUGGUGGUGCAUCCUGCACAAUAUCAUGCAGUCGACUACCAUUCUCCUCACCGAGCUCCUCACUCGCACUUAUGUGGGCACCGCCAAGGCUGUUGAUAUCACUAGGAAGAUCAACAAAGCAACUCGCUUCUUGAAAGAGAUGUCGGUCAAAGACCUUUCUUCCAAGCGAGCCUGGCUUGUAUGCCUGGACCUUCUUUCACGACAUGGAUCGAAGUUUAGGUUCGAUGUUAACGCCGAAAUCUAA